AUGACGACUAAGACCAUCCAUGGGAACUCGCAAUUCCAGAAGCCCUCCUCUCUACGCUGGACGUGGGAUUCACCUUUUGGAGGGUAUCAUAAUGAAAUUGACGACAUCAUCGUCAGUAAAAGGUUUUGCCUGACGGAUGUCGCUAUUGUACCAAAGUUUUAUACGGGAUCGGACCAUCGCCUUCUUCGAGGAAGAUUUUCUUUCACACGGGCAAAAGAAAAAGCCGCGAAGUUCUUUAAGCGAACUCCCAGAACCAUCAUACACUGGAAGCUCUUCGCUUCGCUUGUCGAUUUUUGGGAAGAUACCGUUAUGGACAACAUCGACGGCGAAGAGUGGCUUGUAGAACAUCUUCACGACUGUAGGAGGAAAGCGAAGAGUUUCAAAACCACCAAGAGACGCCUGUCUCCGAAAACUCUAGAGCUGAUACGUGGAGCUACACGAGCUGCAGGCAAGCAAGAACUCACGUCCGAGCUAGCAAGGCUUUGCAGAGAGACGAUAAAGGAAGACCUCAAAGGGAGAAGAGCAGAAGUGUUGGCUGAAGAUGCAGAGGUAGAACAGAGCAUUUGCUACUCCCGUCGGGACUUCGCCAAUCGUAAAACAACAAUGACUGCUCUCCGGACCUCAGAUGGAACAACUACAGCAUCGAGAAGGAGGAUGGAAAAUGUCAUUCACGACUUUUACUCAGACCUCUUCGACAGCCACGUCCACUUGCCUCCUCACCAUCUGAGGGAAGAUGGACAUGUCGUUCCAGAGGUGCUCCCUUCCGAAGUCGGACAUGUCGGUGAAAAAUCGUACUUCACUCGGUCUCGACAGAAUCAAGCCUGA